AUGACUAUAGGGGCCAGUAACGAAACCCCUAUAGUGACAACUUUUGCAAGCUUCAGUGGCCCCUAUAAAGGUUGGUAAAGUGGUUCCUAGAGGGGAUCACUCUAAAGUUCCUAAUAGAAAAUUUGAACCUUUUUAGCCAAUUUUCAUGGUACGUGUUGAAGUUUUAUCAUUGAAGCUUAACGAAAAGGUUGAGAAAUUUUUGAAAAGAAAGAUAAUCACCAUGGGGCGCAAUAAGUAGGAAUAUUGAGCCUCUCUAAAAAAAGAGCCAUUUUAAAUUUUUUGAAUUAACCCCCUAAAUUGAUAAUUUUUCUAUGGAAAAAAAGCUUGGCCAAUUUUUCUGCCCAAAUUUUCCUUUGAAAAUAUUCGAAUUUAGUUGAUAUUUGAUAUAUUUUAACAACACAUUCGUGAAGAAAGCUUAGAAAAAGUGGAAUUCAGGCAUAAUGAGCGGGGCGCCGUACUUCGCCACAUAUGUCGAGGACUUGGAGCAGGUUUUUUUUCGAAAGAAAAGAUUUUUUUUUUUGAGUUUGGAAUAUUAGGAACCAUUUGAUGCGAUGGAUUUGGUGGAAAGAAUUGCCUGGAGGAUGACUGGCGGCGCCGAAACGAUAACCGACCCGGAAUCUCUCAAGAAUAAAUUCGAGGAAGAGAUUGGAGGCCUUCAAAUGCUCUGCGAUCAGUUUCAAGUAGUCAGAAAAUGAAAAACGUCACCAAAAUGAUGAUUUCAGAACAGAGUAUCGACUUUGGAACGACAACUGAACGAAGAAAAACGGGAGUAUACUCAGAAGCUUCAAAGACUUCAUGAGAAAAACUCAGAAGCUAUUGAUAAGAUGAAGGUUUUGACGAAAUUUUGUCUUCAAUCGAUUAAGAUAGUAAGCUUAUAGGUGAAAAGGGAAUUUUUCUCGAAAUGAAUUUAGAAAUUUCCACUAAAAGCUCCAAGAAUUAUAAGAAAAGAUUUUUAAGCUCCGUUUUCAUAGCCUCCGAGGACCUUUUUCUGAAUCUCUUGGAGUAUUUUCAGUUGCUUCCCAGCAUUUUUUCAUUCAAGAAUGCGAAAAAUGUGCGAAAAAGAAAGAAAAAGAUCAUUUGGGGACCUUAAAAAGCUUUUUUCGUGAAAAGUUACGUAAUUUUCGGAAAGAGUUUCAUAUAAAUCUUCCAGCUUGGCAGGCUUUUUUUAUUUGGAAUUCUCUAAGCUUGUAAAAUAAGUACAAUCGCGGAAAUAUUUCGGAUUUUAAUGAAAAUAAAUUGAUAAAAUGGGUUAAGUAUCGAAUUCCGUGUAUAAUUCCAACAGAAAUUCCGUUCUUAAACUUUAAAAAAAUUUUUAUUCUGAAAGUUCGCAAGUUUUUAAAGUUCUUCCUUUAUUUUUCGCUGUGAAAAAUUUUGUCAAAUUUAAAUUUUCUCUCAUUUUUUAGAAGCUCAAAGAUACGAUGCAAAACGUUUCAACGAAAGUCGUCUACUUGGGGGAUCAACUGGAAUCGGUUUUUUCUUUAUUUUUUCGGAAAUCGAAUUUCAAUAGUUACAUUUAGAAGCUUUGAUGAAUCUUAAGAUUUAAAUGAAUGUUUUGAAGAAAAAUAAUUUGAAUAUAGCUGGAAAAAAAUCUUUUUACUUAAGGUUUUUCGGGCUGUUUUUUUAAACAAAUUUUUUAGAGAAAAAAAUCUUAAACAUUUUUUUUAGCUUGAUUGUCUUCUUCUUUACAAUCGGAAGCUGUUAAAUAAAUAUUUUUUUUCUAAUACAUAUUCUCAAAAAAUUUUUUCUUCUUUUUUCAGGUGGAUCAACCCCGAUCAAGGGCCCACGACGCCUUCCAAUUGAUGCAGCAUUUCGACGAAUUUCUCUCGGAUCAACCUUUGAAUUCGAUGAUUUUCACCGACCCGGACAAACUACUCGAAUCGGCGGAUCUUGUCCAGAAAUUGUACUCGAUUUCCCAGGAAUUGAACAAGGAAAAGUUCGCUGCCGUUCAAGCGAGGAUCGCCCAAAGGUUCUAGUUUUCCCGGGAAAAAAAUAAUUAGUAAAUUAAAAAAAGUUUUUGAUAAAACUUUCAAAGUAGUGAAUACCCGUAUUUUAAUUAUUACCGUGAGGAAACAAAAAAAUUUGAAUGUAUUGUUAAUAGUUUUUCAAAAAUGGAUUUAUCACGAUAAUUUUAUUUUUUUCUCACGUAUUUAGGUGAUUUAAAAAAAGAACCUUUGUUAUUUAAGUAUUAUGGAUAGUAAUUCAGAAUAGGGCUUUCAGUUUGAUAUGAAAAAUUUUUCAAAAUUAAUUUUAAAAAAAGUUUUUUUCUCUGUCACAUUCAUCAUUGGGAAAAAUUCGCUAAUCAGUUUUAAGAUCGAUUAUUCUUGGCAGUAUCUCAAAAAAAUUACUGAUAGAAGUUUGAAUUUUUUUAAUAGUUUUAUAAAAAUUUAAGAGAACGUAGUUUGUUCCGAGUUUUUUUGGCAGUGGCUCAGAAAGAAGAUCUCUAAUUGAAGUUGAAAAAUUGAAAAAUGAUUUUUUUGAAGUUAAAAUUGAAAUUUCAGGUAUCAAGUUGUGGAGAGACUUUUGAUCGACGAAUUUGCUCGGUCUCAAAGAGAUGAGAAAAAAAUGGCCGAGGUCGCCAAAGUUUUGUCAGAGUUCAAGGUAAGAACCGGUCCCUUGAAAAAAAUAACUUUAUGGAAUUUUUGGAAUUUUUUUGAAAAACUUUUUAAAUGACAAACGCGUAAUAUCAUUAAGUUUGAAAAUAAAAAAAUCACAUUUUUCAAAAAAAUGUUGACAUUGAGUGAAAAUUGGAUUUUUCUUCGUCUCUAUGUUCUUCACAACACUGUCUUCAUAUGCAGAAUAUGAAAAAUUUGAAAUGAAUGAAAAAAAUGUGAUUUUUCUCUUUUUUUCUCCAUAAUCGUUGUCUAUACUCUUAACUUCGAAAAAGUUUCAGAUUUUGUUCCUCCAAGGAAGUUUGAUAAUCAAUUUUCGGAAAAAUCGAACGUCGAACUUGUAAGAAGUUAAAAGACACCUUUUUCCUUCGAUUUUUCUUCUGAAAUUUCGGUUUUUAUCGUUUUUCAUAGCUUUUCGGCCAUUCUAAAAAAAUGGAUUUCCGCUCGUUCUCGAUUUUUUUUCGAAGAGUGAAAAAGAAAUGAUGCUCAAUUUUAUCGAAACUGGAUUUAUUUUUUUAUUAAUUGGAGCUUCCAGCUGUAAUUUUUUUCGAUAUUGAGGGAUUUUACGCUGAAUGUUGAAAAAUUAGAUAAUUUAGAUAUUUUAUGACCUUCUCAGAUUCCUCUUGAGAAAUGACCAAUUUUUUUAUCUUUUUGAAAAAGUUUUUUUAUUAAGGGAUAUUCCCACUGUGUCGACCGGUACGUAGAGUUCCUCUGUGCCACAGUUCAUCCACGUAAUGACGGCGAUAUCCUGGCCGAUUGUCUUCAUUUGUGCAGAACUCAGCAGCCGAGGAUCACCGCCAUUUUCCCCUCACCUCAUACCGUCAUGCAGAAAUUGGUAGGUUAAUAUUCAGGGGCGCAAUUUCGUAGUUUUAAGGGGGCCCAAGGGGAAAAAUCAGUGUCAGAAAGCCUUUUUUUGGUUUGAUCAUAAAAAUAAUCUGAUCACCGUUACUCGAAAUUUCUCGAGGGUCUGCGUCUCUCUGGUCCCUCAGCGGUGAGGUUAGAGAAACAUGGAAAUAGCAUGUCAACAUGAGAGCGUAGCUGAGAGACUAGGAGGGCGCAGAGAAAAAUACAUGUUUAAAGUCCCAUAAAACAGACUAUAUUGAACUUGAUUGUUAAUUUCAACUGUAGGCUUGGAAUUUUCAAAAAACUUGGAAAAAUCCAAAGAUUAGACAGAUUGAAACCCGUCAAAAAACUCUAAAACUUACAAAAAAAUUGCAAAGAAAAAGGCUGAAAACUAACGAGAACGUCAGAAGAGGAAUUCGAGAAAGAGAGACAUCUUUACUUCUCUGACGUCUCUUCAAACGACGCUGCUCUCUCAUUCUUUUUUUUUCUCUCACUUUUGACUUUUUUUUGGGUUUUGAUAGGACUUUCAUUUGAUUUUCAUUUCAAAUGUUAAAUAAACAUCGAAACAAUCUAAUAAAUCUAACAGCUGAUCUGUGGAAACGGCUGGAGGAAAAGAUUGUCUGAAUAGACGGUGCUAACCCCCAUUUGGUAUCUAAGUUUGUUCUUUGGUUUUUUAAUAAAUUAGGAUUUUUCUAGAUUUUAGUAGGAUCUAAUGAUUUUGAAAACGAUUUUUUUGAUUCAAACCAUGAGGCGAGCAUAAUCCGAAACUUGCCGAUUUCGUAAUCAAUGAUAGUUUCUCUCUCCAGUUGGUUCCCAAUGGGUAUGACUCUAUAAUCUAGGAAGCGUUGUUUGAUCAAUUCAUUCAUUGGUUGAACAAGUCUCAUUCCAUUUCCUCUGAGUUGAUUAUUUCUACUCGAAUUCAUCAUUAAUUUAACAGAUUAUACAGUUAACUUCAAAAAUUUUCAGGUCCUCAACCUGUUUACGGGAAAAAUGAAGGAGCACAUAUAUGCGAAAUUACGAGAUUGUAAAGAAUCCGAAGAUCACGAACAGUAUUUGAAGGACCUGGCGGCGUCUUAUUCGAGGUUUUCGUGAGAAAAAGGACAUGGCUUUUUGAUUAAAUUCCAAUUUUAGCACCUUGAAAAUGUGUACCGAACUGGAGAAGCUGCACGUGAGCCCCGAUAGCGCUUUCUUGGCCACCUUGACGAAAUCGAUUUUUGACAGGUUCGGAAAAAAUAAAUUUGAAAUUUUCCUAACAUUUGUUGUAAAAGGUUGUAGAGAGUUCUGAUAAUAAUUCAAAAAAAAAAUUCUGGAUUUUUUUUGUUAGAUAAUUUUGAAUUGAUCCCACUGAAAGACAAAAAUCUCAAAAUGCUUUCAAAUUUUUUUCUUAUCAAGUUCCAGGAAGUUAUCAGAUUUUUUAUCAAUUUCAAGAUUUUUUCCUCAUUUUUUUAUGAAUUAUUUUUUUUCAAACUUUGAAUUUUUUUAGGUACCUUUUCAACGUACUGCAAAGAGGAACUCUCCUAUUUGAACCAACAGUGCGGCCACAUUUUGGCCAAGUUCUACGAAUCGAAGAAACAUGUGAAGAAGCAGAUUGGUGGAGGGUAGGAAUAUGCCUUUUUCUCAAAAAUCACUUAGAAGAUCUUGGAAAAUAAAGUGAAAGAAAGGGUAACGCAGGAGUUUAGUAAAGGAAUUGAGCAGUCUGAGGGAUUUUUUGUAUUUUAAAAGUUUGUUAUUUGAAAAAUUACAAGACUGGAACAUUUAAAAUUAGAAGGAAAAAAAUUAAAUUUCGAAGAAAAAGAGUGGCAAAAAAAUUAUUUAACUGUGAUACCUCUAGAAAGGCGAUUUUAGGCCUUCACUUUGAGAAAAAAUUUUUAUCAUCUUUUCAAGAUUCUACGCUCUCUGAUUCAUUCUCAAAAAUCCAUUCAUCAGGAUUUUUUCCAUCCUUUUUUGAAAUGGACUUGUCGAAUUUCGGGAUUGAUUUUUUUUAUUCAAAAAUGUUCUCGAUCUGUCAGCUCAAUAUAAAGGAAAAUACUGAUAAAGUGAAAAAAGAGCUUUUCCAGGCUCCAGGAGCUGAAAAGAGACGUGGCGGCGAGGUUGAUGAACGUGGAGACCUACGGCGGAGAGACUUUUUUGUCGGAAGACGUGGCGAUUUCAGUGCUUCAAGAGACGAAGAACGCUUUCAAUAGGGCUGCUCAGGUAGAAUUUCAUCAAAAAAUGAAUUAUACACAUCUUUUUUAAAAAAAGUUGUAUAGUUAUAGCUGAUCCUGGCUUGAGCCAUCGGAAUAAUAGGGUCUCGACACGAUAAGUAAGAAGACAGUGUCUAGUUGGCGGAGAGCGCAGACAGGCCACGCCCCUUUACGUCUUAAAUUAGCCGUGAAUCGGCUAGAUGCAUUUCUGUCCCUGUAGUCUAUACAGAUUCUAAAUUUGAAGUCGUUACUCAAGCUCCGCCCCUACUGACGCGUUAAACCAAUCAGAGAGCGAGCCAUCCACGGAGCGUUUCAAAAUGACGUCAUUUUACUUGACAAUCAAAGUAGAUGGUUCUCGGGUAAUUCAAAUUUCUCUGCGCUCUCUUCUUUCUCACUGACUCUCUCGUUUUCACGUGCUAUUUUCACGUUUCUAUGAUCUCUAUGGAAAGGCAGAUUAGACUGUUUCAAGAUGUGACGAAGGAAGAAUAGUACCGAUUUUUUGAUCCCUGGUACCGUGAAAGUAAUUUUAGCCGAUUCACGGUUAGCUUUGGACGCUUAGGGGGCGUGGCCUGUCUGCGCUCUCCAUCAACCAGGCACUGUAUCUUUUAUUAUCGUCUCAGGACCCUUUUUUUUUGAUGGCUUAAGCCAGCCUUGAAGGAUAUGUGCAGCUUCAAAUUAACCCGGAUUCAAAAUUUGUUUAGCUCUGUGAGCCCGAAGAACUCCCGCAGCACGUGGAAAAUGUCGUCGACGUCCUCCUCAAGUACUUGUACAGCGAACAUCUCGACUACGCCGUUGAAACUGGCCUGGCCGGUUUUGAAUCAAGAACAAUCGAAUGAUAACCCUCAGUUUGAAGGAAUCUCCCUGGCCGAACCCAAAACCGAACCUCCGCCUUAUUUUUUCGCCGUCGUUUCCCAGUGCACGACGAUCGUCUUGCUGCUGGUCAAGCAGUACGACGACUCCAUUUUUCCCAUCAUCAAGUUUGUAAAUUCAUUUUAAAAAGUUUUCUGAACGUAUGAGAAACGACUGAGGCUUAGAAAAAGAAACAAGUUUUAAACUCAGGAAUUCCAGAGUGGUCCCUAUAGGGUUUAGAGGAACGAACAGUCCCUAUAGGGGUCGAGAAAGGGAUCCCUAUAUGGUAAAAUUAAGGUGGUCCUUGUAGGGGCUUAGGGCCUAACCCCUUAGCCCCAGAAGCUCAAGUAGACUCUAUAGGGGUCUUUCAACUUCAUUCAAAAAAUGCUUUUCACAUGGAAAUAAUUCUUCGCAUAGAGUUUAUAACAAGUAUCGACCACCAUGUCCCCUAUAGGGACUACUUCCUCAAACUUUAGUGUCCCCCUAUAGGGGUUGGUGAAGUGGAAUUUUUUUUUCUGAGCCAUUUCCGAAGCUUUUGAGAGUGGAAAGAACAGGGAAAUCACUAGAAAAUGAAAAAAAUGAUGAUCAUAAUCAAACAUAUUUUUUUGAAGUUUUUUUCAAUCAAAACUUGUCUUAACUGAAAAAAACCGAAAAAGCUGAAUUUUCGAAAAAUUUUCAAAAAGUUGUCAAAAAAAGACACAUUUUUUUAAGGAUUUGAGACAUUUUUUUCAAGUUGAAAAAAACGCCUAACAAUUUAAUUGACUGAUUCAACUGAGAAAAACGAUGAGGGACCAGAAAAACCGGAAAAAUUAUUGAAUUUAAGAUUAAAACCCAGCCGAAUAAUAAAUGCCCACUCCAAAGCUUCCCUUACGAACUUUCUUAGUUUCUAAUUCAUUUAUGAAAUUCAAGAAAUUCAAUCGUUGAACAAAUGGUGGCGAAAAAGUGGCAGCAGUCUCUGCGUUCCCUGGAGCAAAAGAUGAACUUGGGACUGGAAAGACAGCUCAAUUCCAUCGUCGGAUACAGUCGCUAUCUGUUGAGCGAGCAGAAGAAAGCCGAUUUUCGACCCGAGUCUCAGCAAAUCGAUCUGGGCAUCUCCCAGCAGUGUAAAAUGGUAGGUAAAGGAUUUUUGAUUUUUUUAUGAUUUUUUUUCCAACUAAGAGUUUGUUCAGAUUGGGAAGAUUAUCAAAGAGUUAUUUAUAAGAGUCAUUCUACAUUACUAUUGGGAAUUUCCCAAAGAUCGACCAGAAUUUUCCUCUUUUCCUUGAGCUUCCAGCCUUGAUUUAUCGAAAACUAGAAGGUUGUACAGGCUGGGGCUUUCAGAAUCUUCUUUUGGUACAUCAAGGAGUUUUCUGGCUGAUUUUUUUGAAUCGAUUUUCAUUUUGAUUUUUUUUUUCAAUCAAAAAAGGAAGUAACCUCCCUUAUAAGAGGUUCCGAAAAACAGGCUGGAAAUUCCGAUUCAGUUGUAAAAUUUAGGUCGGUCGUUUCCUGUCUAUUCAAAUGAACCACAUGGAGCGCGGCUGCGACGGAGAGAAUAUCGAAACUCUUCAGGCCGAUUUGGCGACGAGGCUCUAUAAAGUCAUGCUGGCUCAUAUUCAGCAGGUAAUGGAAAAUUUGAUAAACUAGGCAAUCAUCAAGAAUCAUCCCCUCAUCUUAAAAAUAAGUCUUACAAGCCUUGUCCAGAUUAGUUGAUCGAAAACGCGGCCUCCGUUCAAAUCGUUUCGAGACCCAUUAACAAAUAAUUUAACCUACGGGUGGGGAGCUCGUUCGAACGGGUUCAUUCUGGAAACCCCGAGCAAUAGAUAAAGAGGUUUCUACAAGCAUACUUUUGAGCUUAAGAAGCUUCUAAAAAUAUCUGGCAAAUUUUUUCGAGUUCCAGUUCUCUUACAACUCGGCCGGGGCCAUGAACUUGAUGUGCGAUGUUCGGGAAUUGAGAAAUAUCGUCUGUUCUUGGAGUGUUGGCGAGGUUUUGGGACUGAAAUCGAUUUGAAAAAUAAGAUAUAAUAUUUCCAGGCCGCAGCCCAAUGGGAAAGUCUAUUGGCGCUGACGAAUUUGUUGGUCGUUCUGCCGGAUAAUCUGACCGACGCCGCUCAGAGCCCACUUUUAGUAAGUAAUCGUGGACGCAUUUGGAAUGGCUCGAAGCGUCGCGAUCGCGUUUUGGGAAUUAAUUUCUAUUCAUUAUUGUUUGUGUGUUUGCUCUCUGUAGAUUCUAAAAGCCAUUCGCGCUCACCGUAGCUUACUGUAGCUGGGUUACGGUAGGCACCUGCACAUCUAAAUAUUGAAGAGUUUUUGCUGUACUUUAGUCGAUAGGUAGCGUAAUUUCAGGAACUUUUUCAGUGCUAGAUUACUGUAGUUAAACUUUCGCGGAAUAUGAUCCUAGGUUACUGUAGAAGUUUUUUUUUGCGAUACGGUACUUUUCGGUUAGGAAAGUUGAAGUUUCGUUCGCCCUGAGCUUGAACGCGGAAAACAGAGCAGGGCGACCCGUGAUUUGAAGAGGUCACCCCGGGGUCGACCCGACUCGCAAAAUUGAAUUUAGGAGUUUUUAAGUGAAAGUUUACCUGGGGUACUGUAGUUAGUUUCACUGGUUAUCACUAUAGGUUACUGUAGAAGUCCUUCGCGAUACGGUACUUUUUGGGUUUAGAAAGUUGGUUUUUGACAACCCUGAGGUUGAGUCCGGAGACCAGAGCCGCCGACGGGGCGACCCGCGAAUUGAAGGCGUUUUCCGGGUCAACCCGGCCCGAAAAGUUGAAAAAUUAGGGAGUUCUGCUCGUUAAAAUAUUGCGAAAAAACGGGCCUUUUGACCAAUUGACAGUUUCGCCGGGUGGCCCCGGGCGCUUUGCGGUAAUCCCGGGUCGUUUCGUCUCAUCAGCAGCCCUUCCUAAUCGCACUUGGACAAGAUAAUUACAAUACAUAUUUUUAUUUCCAGUCAAACGUCGACCGAGCCCUGAUCCAGGAUUUCAUCAAACUCCGCGUCGAUUUCAAGAAUCUCAAAAAUGUUCGAGCCUAUUAA